AUGGUUCAUAAAACUGAAGAAAACGACAGUGGCUUAGCUAUGACGUUGGAGAAGGAAAAAUCACAAAUAUUUGAAAGGAAACAAGCUCAAUAUAAGGACCUUUCAGAAAAGUUCAUGAACACGAGAAGUGAUUAUACCAAACAAUUUUCACAUAUAUACUCAGCCAGACUUACUGAAUUAAGGAAUGUUUUAAUUCCUCGUGUUCAAGCUAAAUGGAAAAACAUUCCCAUCGUAAAAUUAGCUGAGUUAGAAAAUUUGGAAAAUGAACAAUGUAUAGUAAUUGGUACAUUGUAUAAACAUCAGCAAGGAAAACCAUCAAUUUUAAGGGAACUUAGUGAAGAACAUCAACUUCAUGUUUCCUGUAAUAAAUCAGAUUAUUGUUCACAGGAAGAUCAACCAUUUCUAGAAGAUGAAAUGUUGCGUAUUAAAUUAGUAGGAGAGCAAGUUGAUUUAAAGCAAAUUAUUACUGGAAUUGUUUGUGCUGUAUUGGGUAAUGAAAAUAGCGAUGGAACAUUUAUGGUAAAAGAUUGGUGUUUUCCUGGAUGUGCACCAAAAGCAUCUUUAACAGAAUAUACAUCACAAAAUAAAUUGGUAAUAGUAUCUGGAUUAGAUCUGUCCAAUAAUUAUAGAAGUUUAGAAAUGUCCCUUUUUGUAGAGUGGAUAUGUGGAAUGGCUGGUAAUACAACAGUACAAAAGGAUAAUACUUCUAUUAUUCGUCUUAUUAUAGCAGGUAACACUGUAAAAAGUAAUAAUACAUCACAUUCUACAACAACAAAUACAGUUAAAGGACUUAGUGAAGUAAUAAAAGCUAUGGAUACAUUUCUAAGUAAUCUGGCAAUGUGUUGUUAUAUUACUUUAAUGCCAGGAGAACAUGAUCCCUCUAAUUCUAUGUUGCCACAAAAACCAUUUCAUUCUUGCCUAUUACCUAAAUCAUCUAGAUUUGAAAACUUUAAAAGUACCACAAAUCCAUGGAUUAGUCAAAUUGAAGAACGAGUAAUUAUUGGUACUAGCGGUCAAUCAAUUAAAGAUAUCAUUAAAGUAACAGGUGAAACUGGUAUUUCACCUCUGGAUUGGUUAGAAAAAACCUUACUAUGGAGACAUUUGUGUCCAACUGCACCAGACACAUUACUAGCUUGCCCAUACUAUGAAAAAGAUUUGUUCAUUAUAGAAAAAUGUCCAGAUAUAUAUUUCGUAGGAAAUACAGAUAAAUUUGAAACAAAAUUGUGGAAAGGUAAUGAAAACCAAACCGUUAGAUUAAUCUCUGUACCGCGUUUUAAUACUACUCAUACUGCUGCAAUAGUAAAUUUAGAGAAUCUAGACACUCAGUACAUUUCCUUUGGUGGUUCUUAA